ACACGAAUUUUAGCACGGCGAGUGGUGAUUUCCGCCUUUGUGACCGGACAGAGACGUUCUUGCUGGGGCACAAGGUUCUCCGACCAGAAGGAAUUUCAUCGUACACGGUCUUAAUUAGCAGACGAUUCUUUAAGUAAUUCCAAGACAAAAAGUUCAUAUAUAUAUAUAUAUACAGCUAUGCAAAUACAAACUACAAACAUGGUAAUGGAGAGUUUUCGAUUGGACAAAAAUGGUGAAGGACCUACAUAUCUUGUUAAAAAUGCAAAGUGAGCAGGCAAAAAGGGAUGUCAUCAAAAGAAUCAAGGAUUUAAAGGGUAUAUCUACAAGGCAAUGUGGCUUAGAGGGAAGUGACAGAAAGAUUUAUUUCAACGAGGAUCUGCCAAUGUCUAAGAGGGUACUUUUCAAGAUGGCAAGGGAACUUACAAAGCAAAAGGGAUAUAAGGCAGCUUUUUACAUCAAUGGAUCUGUUUACAUCAAAACAAAUGAAAAUGAGCAAGCCAUAAAAAUUAAAUGUGAGUCUGAUUUGGAGAAAUUAAGAUAG